AUCAGAAAUGUCCAUGUGCUACUGAGGGCGGGGCUGCCAGGAAAGGAGGAAGAUGGCGGCGGGGGCGAGGUGAGGUGUUGGCGAUAGAAAGGGGUUCGGGCGCGGGGGGCGGGGGGAUCUGGAGCCAUGGGUCGCGCCGACCGUAGAGGCGGAUAAAAUUUCGUCGCGCCGCAGGUGAAGGCGAGAGAGGAGGGCGACAAGGCGCCACGAGAGUAUGACGGGGCUGUACGAGCUGGUGUGGCGGGUGCUGCAUGCGCUGCUCUGCCUGCACUGCACGCUCACCUCCUGGCUCCGCGUUCGGUUCGGCACCUGGAACUGGAUCUGGCGGCGCUGCUGCCGUGCCGCCUCCGCCGCGGUCCUAGCGCCGCUCGGUUUCACUCUCCGCAAGCACCCUGUUGGCGGUAGGCAUCGCCGGCACCCUCGGCACCCGCGCGGGGGGCCGGGCCCGGCCGCCGCCCAUCCCGGCUUGCGUUGGCGCGCGGACAGCAGUUCCCUGGAAAAGCUGCCGGUGCACAUGGGCCUGGUGAUCACCGAGGAGGAGCAGGAGCCCAGCUUUACGGACAUCGCGAGCCUUGUCGUGUGGUGCAUGGCUGUGGGCAUCUCCUACAUUAGCGUCUACGACCACCAAGGCAUUUUCAAAAGGAAUAAUUCCAGAUUAAUGGAUGAAAUUUUAAAACAACAACAAGAACUUCUGGGCUUAGAUUGUUCCAAAUAUUCACCAGGGUUUUCAAAUAGCAAUGACAAAGAUGAUCAAGUUUUAAAUUGCCAAUCAGCAGUGAAGGUGCUGUCUCCAGAAGAUGGAAAAGCAGAUAUUGUCAGAGCUGCACAGGACUUUUGCCAGUUAGUAGCCCAGCAGCAAAAGCGAUCUACAGAUUUGGAUGUAGCUAUGUUAGACAGUUUACUUAGUUCAGAUGGUUUCCCUGAUCCUGAUUUAGUACUGAAGUUUGGUCCUGUGGACAGCACAUUAGGUUUUCUUCCCUGGCACAUCAGAUUGACUGAGAUUGUCUCUUUGCCUUCCUACAUAAACAUCAGUUACGAGGACUUUUUCUCUGCUCUUCGUCAGUAUGCAGCCUGCGAACAGCGUCUGGGAAAGUAGUGAUCCCUGGUUGCAUAAUUUGAUUUCAGGCUUUUGGAGAAAAGGACCCAAAUGACUGAUGUUUACAAAGCACCUAUGAAACCCUGUACACACCCAGUUCAUAAUCCUCAUAAUUUAUCAACAAACAAAAAGUGUCUUACUUGAGAGUGUGUGUGCGUGUGAGUGUGUGUGCGUAUGUACACGCAUGUGUACAUAUGAAAAUAAACUUAUGAGGGAAGUGUUGGAGAAGGAAGUACAUAGACCUGCAACUUUGGACAAAUAGCAGUAAUGUUUCGGAUUUGAAAUUUCACACUUGAAGGCUUUAGCCCCAGUUACUUCCCUGUUUUUGUGGGGAGAGGUUGGGGUAAUUAGUGCUCUUGGUGGUUUUAAGGGGAAGGGAAUUUUUGUUGUCUUUCCUAGUGACCAAACUUUUAAUUUUUAAGAGUAAUAUCUUGACUUUAUUAAUUGGGAGCAUAAAGAGUAUGAGAAAUCUCCAGAGGAGAUGAGUUCUGUGUUUGUCAUAUGUUAAAACCUUGCAGAUCUUUGGAGCAGGGGCAAUACCUGUCUUCAGAUAUCCGUCCGUUUUCAUUUCUUCAUUAUGGUCAAUGUGACUUGAGAGUGCUGCUCUG